AUGUACCGCUCCAUGAAGAGCCUGGCCCUCAUCGGCCUCCUGGGCCCGACCUCGCAGGUCUUUGCCCACCCGGCCACCAGCCACAACAUCGGCCGCCGCGGCGUCGACAUCGAGGCCUUCCGUCUUCCCCAGCUCGGCUCUUACACCAACGCUACCCAGACGGAGGCGACCCCGCCUAUUGCGCUCCUGAAGCGUGCCAACUACGUCGACACCGCCACGGAGCUCGUCAAGAAGCUUGCGCCCAACGCUGAGUUCCGUGUUGUUGGUGACAACUAUGUUGGUACCAACGGUAUUGGCCACGUCAACUUCAAGCAGACUGUUCACGGUCUUGAUAUUGACAACGCCGACUUCAACGUCAACAUUGGCAAGGAUGGAAAGGUCUUCUCUUACGGCAACAACUUCUUCAACGGUGACCUCCCUGAGGCCAGCCCCUUGACGAAGCGUGACUUCAAGGACCCCGUUGCCGCCCUCAACGGUGCCAAGGAUGUUCUCCAGCUUCCCGUCGAGGCUGCUUCUGCCACCGCCGAGGCCAAGGAGGGUACUGAGGUUUACGCCAUCAAGGGAACCUCCGGUGCCGUUUCCGACCCCGAGGCCAAGCUUGUCUACUUCAUCCAGGCUGAUGGCACCCUCUCCCUUUCAUGGCGUGUCGAGACCGACAUCUCCGAGAACUGGCUCUUGACCUACGUCGAUGCCGCCACCGGUUCCACCGUCCAAGGUGUUGUCGACUACGUCUCCGACCUUGCCAACUACCGCGUCUACCCGUGGGGUGUUAACGAUCCCACCGAGGGCGAUCGCGUCUUGGUCACCGACCCCUGGGAUAUCUCUGCCUCGCCUUUGACCUGGCACAGCGACGGCACUGCCAACUACACCACCACCCGUGGCAACAACGGCGUUGCUCAGUCCAACCCCAGCGGCGGCACUGCUUACCUUACCAACUACCGCCCGACCAGCACCUCGUACAACUUCGACUACGAGUACACCACCAGCCUGGCCACCCCGUCCGCCUACAUUAAUGCCUCCAUCGCUCAGCUUUACUACACCGCCAACCACUACCACGACCUGCUGUACACUCUCGGCUUCACCGAGGCCGCCGGUAACUUCCAGAUCAAUAACCAGGGCAAGGGCGGUGCCGGUAACGACUUUGUCGUCCUCUUCGCCCAGGACGGCUCCGGAACCAACAAUGCCAACUUCCUCACUCCCCCCGAUGGCACCAACGGCCGCAUGCGCAUGUACCUCUGGACCCAGUCGACCCCCCGCCGCGACUGCAGCUUCGAGGCCGGCGUCGUCAUCCACGAGUACACUCACGGUCUGUCCACCCGCUUGACCGGUGGUCCCGCCAACUCCAACUGCUUGAACGCCGUCGAGUCCGGCGGUAUGGGUGAGGGCUGGGGUGACUUCUUCGCCACGGCCAUCCGUCUCAAGCCCACCGACACCCGUGCUACCGACUACGCCAUGGCUGCCUGGGUCAACAACAACCCCGCCGGUAUCCGUACCGUUCUCUACUCUACCUCCAUGACCACCACCCCCAACACCUACUCCACCAUCAACGGCCUCACCAGCGUCCACCGCAUCGGUGAGACCUGGGCUACCACUCUCUACGAGGUCCUCUGGAACCUCAUCGACAAGCACGGCAAGAACGACGGCCCCAAGCCCGAGUUCGAUGCCAACGGUGUCCCCACCGAUGGCAAGUACUUGACCCUCAAGCUUGUCCUUGACGGCAUGGCCCUUCAACCCUGCUCUCCCAACUUCAUCCAGGCUCGUGACGCCAUCCUCGAUGCCGACACUGCUCUCACCGGCGGAGACAACCUUUGCGAGCUCUGGACCGCCUUCGCCAAGCGUGGUCUGGGUUCCGAUGCUGUCUACAGCUCUUCUGCCCGUCGUGACGGCUUCACCGUUCCCGCUGGCGUUUGCUAGAGGGAGAAACAUGUUCGAAUUUGAUAGCGUAGAUACCAGGACUAGUGUAAUGUGUAACGAGACUAAACUCAAGAAACUGCAAGGCGAUUCGCGACGUGAACAGGAGCACUUUGGAAUAAAACUGCCCCCCUUUCUUCUUCCUACUCUUCCUCUUACUCAUUCUUUUACUCAUCCUACUCUUCGCCCCACGCACUACUCAUUCCUAAAACCCUUCCUUCUUCUCACCUGU